AUGAAACCCAAUUUCCGCUUCGAGAUUCUGGAUUUUAACUAUUUCGGGCCGGGCCGGGCCGAAACGUUGGCCCGGCCGACGGGCCGGAAAUGGUCCGGCCGGCCCGGCCGACCUGAAAUCGGGCCGACGGGCCGAAAUUUCGGCCCGGCCGGCGGCCCGACCCAGGCCGGCCCGGGCCGGCCCGGCCCGGGAGCCAUGUCUAGGUAA